GGCGUAACGGGGCGGAGGAAAGGAGAAAAGGGCGCUGGGGCUCGGCGGGAGGAAGUGCUCGAGCUCUCGACUCUCCGCUGCGCGGCAGCUGGCGAGGCUCGGAGCAGCCAGGUGAGCCCAAGAUGCUGCUGCGCUCGAAGCCUGCGCUGCCGCCGCCGCUGAUGCUGCUGCUUCUGGGGCCGCUGGGUCCCCUCUCCCCUGGCGCCCUGCCCCGACCUGCGCAAGCACAGGACGUCGUGGACCUGGACUUCUUCACCCAGGAGCCGCUGCACCUGGUGAGCCCCUCGUUCCUGUCCGUCACCAUCGACGCCAACCUGGCCACGGACCCGCGGUUCCUCAUCUUCCUGGGUUCUCCAAAGCUUCGUACCUUGGCCAGAGGCUUGUCUCCUGCGUACCUGAGGUUUGGUGGCACCAAGACAGACUUCCUAAUUUUCGAUCCCAAGAAGGAAUCAACCUUUGAAGAGAGAAGUUACUGGCAAUCUCAAGUCAACCAGGAUAUUUGCAAAUAUGGAUCCAUCCCUCCUGAUGUGGAGGAGAAGUUACGGUUGGAAUGGCCCUACCAGGAGCAAUUGCUACUCCGAGAACACUACCAGAAAAAGUUCAAGAACAGCACCUACUCAAGAAGCUCUGUAGAUGUGCUAUACACUUUUGCAAAUUGCUCAGGACUGGACUUGAUCUUUGGCCUAAAUGCGUUAUUAAGAACAGCAGAUUUGCAGUGGAACAGUUCUAAUGCUCAGUUGCUCCUGGACUACUGCUCUUCCAAGAGGUAUAACAUUUCUUGGGAACUAGGCAAUGAACCUAACAGCUUCCUUAAGAAGGCUGAUAUUUUCAUCAAUGGGUCGCAGUUAGGAGAAGAUUUUAUUCAAUUGCAUAAACUUCUAAGAAAGUCCCCCUUCAAAAAUGCAAAACUCUAUGGUCCUGAUGUUGGUCAGCCUCGAAGAAAGACGACUAAGAUGCUGAAGAGCUUCCUGAAGGCUGGUGGAGAAGUGAUUGAUUCAGUUACAUGGCAUCACUACUAUUUGAAUGGACGGACUGCUACCAAGGAAGAUUUUCUAAACCCUGAUGUAUUGGACAUUUUUAUUUCGUCUGUGCAAAAAGUUUUCCAGGUGGUUGAGAGCACCAGGCCUGGCAAGAAGGUCUGGUUAGGAGAAACAAGCUCUGCAUAUGGAGGCGGAGCGCCCUUGCUAUCCGACACCUUUGCAGCUGGCUUUAUGUGGCUGGAUAAAUUGGGCCUGUCAGCCCGAAUGGGAAUAGAAGUGGUGAUGAGGCAAGUAUUCUUUGGAGCAGGAAACUACCAUUUAGUGGAUGAAAACUUCGAUCCUUUACCCGAUUAUUGGCUAUCUCUUCUGUUCAAGAAAUUGGUGGGCACCAAGGUGUUAAUGGCAAGCGUGAAAGGUUCAAAGAGAAGGAAGCUUCGAGUAUACCUUCAUUGCACAAACACUGACAAUCCAAGGUAUAAAGAAGGAGAUUUAACUCUGUAUGCCAUAAACCUCCAUAAUGUCACCAAGUACUUGCGGUUACCCUAUCCUUUUUUUAACAAGCAAGUGGAUAAAUACCUUCUAAGACCUUUGGGACCUCAUGGAUUACUUUCCAAAUCUGUCCAACUCAAUGGUCAAACUCUAAAGAUGGUGGAUGAUCAAACCUUGCCACCUUUAAUGGAAAAACCUCUCCGGCCAGGAAGUUCACUGGGCUUGCCAGCUUUCUCAUAUAGUUUUUUUGUGAUAAGAAAUGCCAAAGUUGCUGCUUGCAUCUGAAAAUAAAAUAUACUAGUCCUGACACUGAAUUUUUCAAGUAUACUAAGAGUAAAGCAACUCAAGUUAUAGGAAAGGAAGCAGAUACCUUGCAAAGCAACUAGUGGGUGCUUGAGAGACACUGGGACACUCUCAGUGCUAGAUUUAGCACAGUAUUUUGAUCUCGCUAGGUAGAACACUGCUAAUAAUAAUAGCUAAUAAUACCUUGUUCCAAAUACUGCUUAGCAUUUUGCACGUUUUGCUUUUAUCUAAAGUUUUGUUUUGUUUUAUUAUUUAUUUAUUUAUUUAUUUUGAGACAGAAUCUCUCUCUGUCACCCAGGCUGGCGUGCCAUGGUGCGAUCUUGGCUCACUGCAACUUUAAGCAAUUCUCCUGCCUCAGCUUCCUGAGUAGCUGGGAUUAUAGGCGUGUGCCACCACGCCCAGCUACUUUCUAUAUUUUUUGUAGAGAUGGAGUUUCGCCAUAUUGGCCAACCUGGUCUCGAACUCCUGUCCUCGAACUCCUGUCCUCAAGUGAUCUACCCGCCUCAGCCUCUCAAAGUGCUGGGAUUACAGGUGUGAGCCACCACACCCAGCAGUGUUUUAUUUUUGAGACAGGGUAUCACUCUGUUGCCCAGGCUUGAGUGCAGUGGUGCAAUCAUAGUUCACUGCAGCCUUUUAACUCCUGGGCUCAAGUCAUCCUCCUGCUUAGCCUUCCAAGUAGCUAGGACCACAGACACAUGCCAUCACACUUGGCUAUUUUUAAAAAAUUUUUUGUAGAGAUGGGGUCUCGCUAUGUUACCCAAACUGGUCCUGAACUCCUGGACUCAAUUGAUCCUCCCACCUUGGCCUUCCAGGUGCUUGGAUUUCUUUGGGAGUACAGCAUGGUACAGCAGGAGAUCAUUUGAUGUUACCUCUGUGCAGUGUUGCUAGUCAGCGAAAGACUAUAAUACCCGUGGGGACAGUGAUUAGCCACCGUAACCAGUCUUUAUUUAAAGUUAUUAAAAAUGGCUGGGCGCAGUGGCUCACACCUGUAAUCCUAGCACUUUGGGAGGCCGAGGCAGAUGGAUCACCUGAUGUCAGGAAUUUGAGACCAGCCUGGCCAACAUGGUGAAACCCCAUCUCUACUAAAAAAUACAAAAAUUAGCUGGGUGUGGUGGUGCACACCUGUAGUCCCAGCUACUUGGGAGGCUGGGGCAGGAGAAUUACUUGAACCCAGGAGGCAGAAGUUGCAGUGAGCCGAGAUUGUGCCACUGCACUCUAGCCUGGGUGACAGAGCGAGAUUCCAUCUCAAAAAAACAAGUUAUUAAAAAUGUAUGUGAAUGCUCCUAAUAUGGUCAGGAAGCAAGGAAGCGAAGGAUAUAUUAUGAGUUUUAAGAAGGUGCUUAGCUGUAUAUUUAUCUUUCAAAAUGUAUUAGAAGAUUUUAGAAUUCUUUCCUUCAUGUGCCAUCUCUACAGGCACCCAUCAGAAAAAGUGUACUGCCGUUACUGUGAAACUGGUUGUAAAAGAGAAACUAUCUAUUUGCACCUUAAAAGAGAGCUAGAUUUUGCUGAUUUUCUUCUUUCGGUUUUCUUUGUCAGCAAUAAUAUGUGAGAGGACAGAUUGUUAGAUAUGAUAGUAUAAAAAAUGGUUAAUGACAAUUCAGAGGCGAAGAGAUUCUGUAAACUUAAAAUUACUAUAAAUGAAAUUGAUUUGUCAAGAGGAUAAAUUUUAGAAAACACCCAA